UAAAAAGUGUUUUUUUUUCAGUAACCAACUCAAAAUGACAACUGAAAACAACGGCAACAUCGGAGAGUUUUUAAAACCGACAUCUAGCAGUAACGAGGACCUGAGUGAAUAUACUGAUGCUGACGAGAGUAUAUCAGCGCCCACUGAGUUUCUGGCUGAGUUUUUGUCAGCUGUCAUGCUCAAAGACUAUAUCACAGCAUUAAAGUACUGCAAAUUAAUUCUCCAGUAUGAACCAAAUAACGCUACAGCAAAGGAAUUCUACCCUCUCAUCUUACAAAAGCUUAAGCAAGAUAUGCCAAAUGGUAAUGGGGGCGAAGGGAGUAGUAACGACAGCGAGGAUGAAGACAGUGAAGGAAACACCCCAUCCUCGUCUGAAUCUGAUAGUAGUGGAACUGAGGAGAGUAGUGAGGGACAAGAGGAAGCAGAGGAAGAAGAAGAAAUUGAACCUGUAGCAGGCGGAAAAGCUUCGAAGGGUUCCUCAGAAGGCGACGGAACCACAGGAAGUUAUUCUAGCUUAGAAGAUGACGAAGCAGAAACAGAUCAACUUAUGGCACUAGCUGCUAAAUAUCAAAUUGACAACGUGAACCUCGGGAACGGCAACAAAAUAUGUUCUGCCACACACUCAAAUCUUUACUCCAAAGAUAGAACGUACCAGUUGGACAACCGUUUCGUAACGACCAGGCAACCUCAGAAUAUGGCCAGCUCCGACUCAGAAUCUCCCACCGAUCCAUGCCAAACAACCGUCGCAAUGCUCAGAGCCAGAGUGGUGCCAAAUAACGUGUAGAUGUUUAGAAGUCGAAGAAACGGUUGUAUGGCUAUAUAAAAUAAAAUCCACGCCUACACAAUAAUAAUUGCUUUAAAAAAAAAAUUAUAUGGCAUACGCAACUCAUUUUUAUCCGGAGAAUGUCAUCGACCAAAAAAAUAAAUGUCUUGAGGAAACUUAGCGAUGAAGACUGAAAUACGUUUUUGGUAAAUAGUAGAGUUUACUUACAAAUGACAUAUCUCGCAGCAAAUGAUGAAUUUAGUACCGAUUUGUAAGAUGGCACCGUUUUAUUAGAAUAUGUAAAAUUAGCUUUAUGCCUUUUGAAUUCCUAAAAAUAAAAAAAAUUAGACUAGACAUAUUAUGUAUAUCUAUAUUAAAAUAACAGGGGUAAUAUUCUCUUUGAGGUGGACCUCGAGGCUGAAAAGAGUAAUUUACAUACAUUUUAUUACAACCCAUUUUAUAUUAUUAGUGAAUAUUCAAGACUCACCAAGAUUACAAGCCUGGAAAAUUACUUUACCGCUCGUUUUAUUUGCAUAGGAUUUCAAUGGUUGUAAUUUAUUUUACAAAAACCAUAGGCCUGACUCUAAUUAUUCUCCUUUAAGGUUAGUGAAAGUAAUGGGAGAAUAUUUCGGAACAACUGAUUAAUGUUAAAAAUGUUUCUGGAUGUCUUCUGUUUAGAAUGGCUAAUAAUAAUGGCGGAUAUUUCGUUUAUCAUACUUUCGGGGUCUUCAGAUGUAGCGUAAUAUGAAAGUGAAGAAAUUCCUCACUGGAGAUUUUUUGUAUGGAUUUUGAUAUUUUAUUACUUUUUCCUUCGUAGUUCUUUUUGUAUCUGCAAGGAUGUAAAUACUUUCUAAACGAAUUUUUUCUUCAACUGUUCGCAUAAGUAGAUAGUGUAAAUAAAGUAAAAUUAUUAAAGAUAAGCUGAAAUAUGCAGGGUGUGACUACGUAAGGACCUCAGCAACUUUAAUUGAUCUUUUAUGGCCCCAGUUCUUGACAUUAAGCUCUAUUAAAUGCUUUUUUAUUUUAGUGCCUUUCACUUAAUCGAUUUAAGAAACGUAUGUUUUAAUGUAAAGAAAAGUAGUUAAGUUUCAUUACUUUACCUAACUACGACUAUUAUCAUUAUUGUAGUACAAAAAACUAAAGCAGAAAAAAAAAUCUGAAAACAAACUGUAAAACUUCUGAAAACAAACUGUAAAACUCGUCCAAGAUCAGGAAAGAGGGAGAGGUAGUAAAAUGAUAAAAAGAAGCCAAUUUAAAUGUUUCCAGAAUUAAUCGAAAUUUUUGAAAAUUAAACAGACUUGAAGAUGGUCAAAAGGUAAAACGUCAUAUGAUAAAUCUAAGAUAGAAGGGAAAGGAAAAAAAUAUAUAAUCAAUUUUCGUAAACUUAGUUUUAUUUUCUUUAUAUUUAACCAAAUUUGUACACACAAUUUUUGUUUAAAACCUCAAAAUGCUUUUUUGGCAUUUUUUUGUACUUUCUGAUUAUAUUUUGAUAGUAUAGAAUAUAAAUACUUUAAUUGCCGUAAGCGGUAGGCAUCAGCACUAAAUUACGUUAAGUAUCACUUCGAAUAUUUUACUAAAGUAUUGCAUUCAAUUUGUUUUGAUCUCUAGAACACCACGAUAAAAGCGUUUCAAGAUUUAAUUAAUUGUAGACUUUACUUAUCGGAACACCCUGUAUUGGGAGUAUAUUCAUAUAUAGUAGAUGUUUGCUAUUUCAAAUUCACUAUGACAAUCCUCUCUUACUUUAACAAAUGUUCCGUAUCCUAAAGUGAAACUUGCAUAAAAGUCUGAUAAACUACCACUUAAUCCUUCUUCAGUUUUUUCAUUUAUUUUGUAAUUUUCUGGCAAUCAAGAAUUAGAUCAAUAAAAAUUCCAAUGACAUUUACAAUGCAACUUUAAUGUUUUGUGAGAGAUGAUCCAAGUAAAAUUCUCGUUAAUAAAAGGUUGAGCAGCUCUACCCAAAAAAUGUAUUUAUCAGCAAAAUUUCACAGACUUAUCGAGUAAUUCCCUUCUUCUUGUUAUCACGCCCUCUCCUCACGAAGAUUGGCGAUUUAUAUGGCUAACAUUGUCCUGGAAACAGCAGCUCUAAAAAUGUCAGUCGAAGUGCACCAGAACCAUCUUCUAAUGUCUUUCAACCAGGAGUUCUGAAGUCUUCCAACCGAUCAUCUUGCCUUUUUUAUUCUUCUUAAUACCUUUUCGUUUGUAACUCGGUGAAUCCAUGAGAUACAUAGGUCUCAAAAGCCUCGAUCUUUCUCUCAGUUAUUAUAUUGAGAGUCUAGGCUUCACAACAGCGCAAUAAGACACUAAAGAUACAGCGCCUGACUAUGCACAUUCUGAGUUCCAAGCCAAAAUCAAGACUGGUGAAAAUUUUCCUGGCUUGUUCUAUUCUAGAACGUAUCUCCUACUUCGGAUCGCACAGCGGGUUGAUUAUGGUGCCAAAAUAUUUGAAGGACCUAUUUGAUAUGUUUACGAUUGAUCAAAAGCGUUUCAGUGACAUGUGCCUUAAGGAAAACGGUUAAUUUGGUCUUGGAAGUGUUCAUGUGUAAUCCGAACUGUGUUGUGUAAUCAGGUCCAUCAUUUUUUCCAAGUCUGAUUUAUUAUCUUCUAGGAUCACGGUGCCAUUCCGUCUGCGUAGCUUAUAUUAGUGAUGCGGACUCCAAUCACUUCAAUACCUCCCAUAUCUUCCACUAGAGCCUCUCUGAAAAUGCUUUCCGAGUAAAUGUAAAUACGAGCGGCGACAUAAUGCACCUCUCCCUUUACAUCCGAAGCUCCCCUGUCUAUUCGCACCUCUGCAGUUUGGUUUUAGUAGAGAUGUGCUAUGAUUCUAAUGUCUCUCUUGUCAAUCCUGAUUACUGAUAAUAUCUCUAGCAUCUUCUGAUGCCCGACAUAAUCAAAUGCUUUACGAUAGUCAAUAAGACAAGCGUAUACAUCAAUAUCCAUGUCCCUACAUCUCUGUGUUAGCACGCUCAGGAAAAAGAGGCCACUCUGAAAUUCGAAUUGAGUGUUACUUAUUUGUUCUUCACAUUUUCUAUAAAUCCGUGUAUGGAUUAUUCUUAGGAAUACUUCGAGGACGUGGGACAUCAGACUAAUGAGUCAUCACAUUGAGAGUAGUUUGGAGUUUUUGGGAUCGCCUCGAAGACUUGGGCCAUUCAGAAGGGUUUUUUCCUGCACUGUAGAUGGUGUUAAAUAAAUCACUUAUAAGCUUUAGGCCUUUGCCUUUCAGUUUGCAAUAAUUUUAAGCACCUCUGCAUGUACUUUACUUUUUCUCAAUUUUUAUUGCUUGAAUGAACUCGCUCUUUGUAAUAGGAGGUUCCUUCUCACUGUCAUCAUCAUCCACAUCCGUGGGAGACUCUGGUCGGUCUUCAUUGCUAUAGGCUAAAAGGAGAAAAGAUGCUAUGGAAAUAGUCUUUAGCCUUAUUCAUGUGUAGCUUAAAUUAUGUCAAUUCAUAAUUUACAGCUCUUAAGAUGAUUUUUGUUACUUUUUUAUGAAAACAGAUUUUAACAAUUUCAACCUCUUAUUAGAGUAGUCUAGCUACUGGACGAAGAAAAUUUUAUUCUGGGUUAAUGCAAAUUAGGGUAACGAAUAUGAAUACAGUAGGACAGCAAUCUCCAAUAAAAUAAAUUUAAUUAAAUAGGUCAUCAUAUAUAUAUCUAGAGUUGUGCGUGUCAUUCACAACUUUUGAUUGGGUCAUCAUUUACUUCAUUUAAAAACGUUUACCGGAUACAUACAAAUAAUAACUGUAAUAGUUCUUGGAACAAUCCUUGAUUCCCUUCUUAAUAUGCCAAGACAUUUUAAGUAAACUGGCAACAAUUUCCAAUGAAAUAAAUUUAACUAAAUGGGAUUAUGAAUAAAUUUAUUUCAUUUAAAAGUAUUUACAGAUCAUCAUACCCAAAAAGACUAAUAGUUGUUAUUCUUUUGGUCCGUUUUCCCCUAAUAAGUUCUAACUCCAGAUGUAUCAAAAGAGAGUUGUGCUUGCAUUCGUCUCCUCUAUACUUAACAAUAAAUGUCUGUCAUCUCGAGGUGACAUAAAAGUCUCAUAAAACCCGCAUGGGUGACGAGUAUUCUGGUCUGGGAAAAGCGGUUGCAGACAAAUUGCAUGAAGGUACAGUAUUCAAUCUAAAAUCAAAAAACAAUAAAUAGUAAAUAGCAUACGAAUAAAUGGAGACACAAGCGAUAGGUGAAGUAUUGAUAUGUAAUUCUCAUACUUACAACAUGAGAGCGCAUGUCUAAAACUUAGAACUCUGGAUCGGAUUCAAUAUUUAUUGAGCACUUUUAAGGAAAAAUGUUACAUCUCGUGAACAACAUUAGCUCUCAUGCAAAAGCGCCGUCUGUUUUGUGCUUGUAUACAAAACCGUUCGGUGGGAAGCAUCUUUAGUUUCAUAUGACGCUCUCUCUGUAGAUCCCACCAAGAUAACCUUAUACAGAAGACAUCCUAUUUAAAAACUCAUGUAGCAUGUAAAACUGACUCAUCAAAAAUGUAAUAAUUAUAAGUCUGUUCAAAACCAAAAAUAGAUGACAUCUAUAUUUCUGUGUCAUAGUCCCAAUAAAGGCCUAACAUUUGAGGCCAUAAUACGUUGCCAAAUUAGAAAAUAAAAUCUUCUUGCUUCAUGAAGCAUGAAUAUUGUACUCCAUGUAAAACUUAAUCUACUACACCAUCUAUUCUCAGUUAAUACAACCACGAUGGACUUACCGAUUUUCGAAUCUGCAGUAAGCAGGUAUCAAAAAUGACAAAAAUUAGUUUUUAUUAAAAAUAUAUGACUAUACUUACAUACUAACAUUACUAUAACUACAAUAUUUUUAGUAGAAUAGCGAGUAGCGAAUAAAAUAAAAGUAUAUAGUAUUAUGUAAUAAGAAAAUGGUACAAAUAUGUAUUUCUUAUAUUUUUUGGGCUGACUAUAAUGUUUACUACAUUCAAUAACUUUGCAAUUUAUAGACAAAGUGAGAAAAAUAAGAAAUAUGUAAUUCUAAGAUGGAAUGAGAGGCCUUGUAGAAAUUGUGUAUGUAACAGUUUUUUGUGUUAAAAUAUAUAGAAAAAUAAAGCAUAUCAUUAAUAGA